GCUUCUAUUGUAGUCUGAAAGCUAAGAUAAAGUUAGCUACUUAGCUGAAACAAAACAAUAAGCUAUGCAUGCACUCUGAAUUUCUGUGCUGACACAGGCACAAAAGCUAGAUUUUGUCGUUUCUAUAGUAAUUAAGAGCUGUUAAAAAUGAACUGGGUCGGAGGUUCACGAAACCGAUUAGUGAUGAGGAAUAAUGCCAAAAAGCAGAGGGAAUUCUUUGAAAAGAGAAAAAUGCAACAAAAACUGAAAAACAUGGGAAUACCUGUCCCAGCCCCUUCCCUAGGCAACACUGGUUCUGGUAGUUUGGACCUAAUGACUCUGUUUAUCGUCAACCAGAUUGCUGCUAAAAAAGCAUGUAAAGAUCCUCCUAAAGCAGCAGUUCUUGGCAGCUGUAAAGCAGGAGCCAGGCAUAAGAGAAAAGAUCCUCUGGUGCUCCCGAUGAGCCCCUGUUCCCCAUCACGGCUGUGUCUUGUUGAGGGCCAGUCUGAGUACAGUGUUCAAGAAAGCAGAGAAAGAAGGAAGGUAAUUCCACAAGGGUUCAAGUUUCAGUGUUUGUCGCCAGUACUUGAGUCGGGUUUCUCAGACAACAGUGCCUCUGACUACCUGCCUGCCAUGCCUGAUGCUUGCAGCCCUUUCUCUUCUGCCUCAUCUGCCUGCUCAGGCCAAGGAAUUUUCACCCUGCAGCUGAAUCUCCAGAAACAAAGCCAGGCACUGCAUCCCUCUUCUCCCCCACCCUGGGACACCUCAGUUUUAUCGCAGACCGAGGCAUUUCAUCCUUUCUCUCAGCCCAGAAGUAUGACAAACUCUUCUCCCUGGUUGCACAACGUUAACCAACCCUUCUUCCAACUUGAGAACCCCACAGCAUCUCAAGUCCUCUUUGGCAGUCCACAACCAGGUAAAAGCAAGGCAGAAGACCAUGCAACAUAUGUGGACAGCAUCUUUCUCAACCAGCCAAACGACAAAGAAUCCAUGCUGGACUUCAUGCUUAACCAGUCAGAAAUUCAGCAGCAAUUGGAGGACGAUGUCUUUAGAGGCUUUUGUGAUGAAGAUUGUGAAGGACACUCUCAUUCUGGGAGUGCAAAAUCAAAAAUAUGUCUCCCAGAUCAGACAUCGGUAAACUCUUCUGCACCACAAACUGUGCCAGACUCACAGUGCAUGGGAGCAGAGCCCUGCAACUGCACUGACACAAGGUUUUCAUGCUUUGGAGACAACACUGGGCCAGUGAAUGGCUCUGAAUAUUCGCCAAGUUACUCUUUUAGAGGAGGUUACCUCAGUCCAGACUCAAAUGAUGAUGAAGACUGCUAUCAGCUAUGCCUCCCAGCAUCUGCUUCUUACAUGGAUCAAGCCUUUAGCCUCAGUGGCUCACAAGGGAAUUUAAAUGAAACACUCUCUGAGCUCAGGCCUCACACCCCACGAAUAAGAUCCCAAAUGGACUUCAGAGUUGACCUAAAAGUUACCGAGAACAUGGCUACCCCAGAUAAGGCCUUUGAAAGUAAAGGGCAGGAGAAAGAAAGCAGCACAGCUCUCCUUUUAUCUCCACACCCUUCAGCUCAAACUCAGAGCUCAGAUGUCUGCAAAUGCAAGAAAACAUCAAGUGAAACUCAAGAUGCAGGAACUCAAACAGUACGCAGCCCCUCGGCUGGGGUGUGCGAUGCUUCGACUCAGUGCAGCUUUGUUGUAGACAGUGCUCUUGGGUAUAGCUUGCAUCUAUCAAACGCUGACAUGUCGGAGCUGCCUCCAGCCACAGGGAGGCAGGCCGGUACUGCCACAGAGCCAGAUGCACUCACAGCUUCACCAGAAAACUCCAGGAGCGAAGAGAAGCAGACGCCCUGGAGCAACAAGAAAUCAAAGGCGGAUUCCCUGUCAGGCAGGAGCAUGAUCACUGCUAAUAACGGUGCCAAAACGAUUCUACAGAGACCCACAAACCCUUUUCUCACGAACGCCCUGAGCACGACUAAUGUCAGAGGUCAGGAGAAUAAAGAGGGCAGGGAUGAGACAGAACAACACGAGAACUGCCCUCCAAUGACAAGCUUUUCAGAUCAAGAGAGGGAAGAGGGCACAUCUGGCACCAGAGUUAACAUACUCUCAAAGGAGGCUGAAAUGCUUCAAGAAAUAGCCAACAUUUUGCUCCUCCUGAAGCAGAGGAAAAUUCAGGGCUACUAAGAACAGAUGGAUGAAGACAACAGGAAAUCAGUUCUGUGCUGUGCAUCUUCUUUUAUUUUAAAGCAAUAGUCAUAAAAGUAGAUUAAAAUAAUUAUAGUGUUCUUAAUGUUGUGAUGCAGUUUAUGCAGUUAAAUAAAGCUCCAAAACAUGAA